UACAACAAAUGUCAAAAUUACAUUGACGUCUGUAAAAUGUCAAUUGCUGUGAGAAAAUAUUUGAAAUAAAAUUUUAAAAUAUGAUUUUAUCUAAUAGUUAUUAAGUGUUUCUGUGUUAUCUAAUUAUUUAAGUUAUGUAAUAAAUAAAGUAUGGCCAUGGUGAACAGCGAGAAGUUAGUGAAUAAUAACAACAUCCAGCAUCUUAAUCUAAAGACAUGUGGGGUUUGCGGAGAUAAAGCACUCGGAUAUAAUUUCAAUGCUGUGACAUGCGAAAGUUGUAAAGCAUUCUUUCGUCGAAAUGCUUUAACCACAAAAGAAUUUCGAUGUUUAUUCAAUGGUGAUUGCGAAAUUACCGUUGUUAAACGUCGAUUUUGUCAAAAAUGUCGUUUAGAUAAAUGUUUUGCAAUUGGAAUGCGAAAAGAAUAUAUUAUGAGUGAAGAGGAUAAAGAAAUCAAACGAAAAAAAAUUGAAUUUAAUCGGGCGAAAAAACGUUCGUCAAUUAAAGUGAACGAAGUGGAUUUUAGUAAUAAAAUAAAACGCGAUAAUUAUUCGACAAGCGAUGAAUCAAGUAAUGAUUAUACUAAGCGAACAAACGGUCAGUGUCUUCUUGUAGUUGAUAGUAAAUUAUCAUUGGAAACGAACGGCACAACAACCGGAUUGAUUAAUAAAAAACCAGAAAUAACAGUUUGUACACCAGAUUAUGUUUUGGACGUGAAAAAUGAAUUCUUAUUUAACGAUAGUAAAUUUUCAACGGAUGAAUCAUUAUUACAAACAAAUGGUACGGUAACAAACGGUGAAAAUGGUCCUACGAGUUAUCAGCUUGUAGAGAUGCAGUCAGAUAAUUCGUCAAAUUCAUUUUUAAAUGGUACUAAUGGAACAGCUUCAAAUGGAAGUGACCCAAAUAUUCUGCUACGGAAUGUAAUAAAUCCACUACAGCAUCCGACGACAUCAAAUGGUACAGGAACUGAGUCAUCAAUAUUGUCAGAGUUGAUCGGAACUGAUAUUCAAUGUCGCAAUCAGAAUGGUCACGUGAAAUCGUCGGUUAUUUCUGAUUCAAUGAAUAUGUUAGAUGUUACACGGGAUGUUUUGCAAGACGUUCAAAGAAUACCAAUUGAACCAAAUUCCAUUGAAUCCAUUCUAUGUGAAGCCAUAAAAUUAGAAUUUGAAGCAUACACAACAAUAGCACCAACACAUACAAGUAGUUCAAGGGAAUUAAAUGAUGCCGAACGUGCAAAAUUAAAUGAGUUAAUUGUUGCAAAUAAAGCAUUGUUGCAGCCUGUAGAUGAUGAUGUUACAUAUGUCGCAGAAAAUGGUAAAUUUAUGCCUUCAUCACAAGGAUCAAAUACACAAUUGCCCGUCUUAUUGGAUGUAAUAAAUUUAACUGCAGUAGCAAUACGACGACUAAUAAAAAUGGCAAAGAAAAUUAAUGCAUUUAAAAAUAUGUGCCAAGAGGAUCAGGUUGCUUUAUUAAAAGGUGGAUGUACUGAAAUGAUGAUUUUACGAAGUGCAAUGACUUACGAUCAAUCAAAGCGAUCAUGGAAGAUUCCGCAUAGUCAAGAAUCUUUAAGUCGUAUUAAAGUGGAUAUUUUAAAACAAGCAAAAGGUAAUAUUUAUGAGGAACAUGAACGGUUUAUCAAGACAUUUGACCCAAAAUGGCGGAUGGAUGAGAAUAUAAUAUUGAUAAUGUGUGCCAUAACAUUAUUUACACCGGACAGACCUCGUGUUAUACAUGAAGAUGUUAUUAAAUUAGAACAAAAUUCGUACUAUUAUUUAUUACGACGGUAUUUAGAAAGUAUUUAUCCUGGCUGUGAAGCAAAAUCAACAUUUUUAAAAUUAAUACAAAAAAUAUCUGAACUACAUCGAUUGAAUGGUGAAGUAAUUAGCGUAUAUUUAGAUGUAAAUCCAUCCGAUGUUGAGCCUUUAUUAAUUGAAAUAUUUGAUUUGAAACCACAUUGAUUGUCACUGUUUAUGUUUAGAUAAUUUAAGUUUCUUUUAUUUUCGAAUUAAAACUUGAUUUUUAUAAAUAUCAAAUAGAAAAUGUCUGUUUGUAUCGUACGAAAUGAAAAUCUAGCUUUAAUAAUGGAUAUUACAGGUAUUAAAUACGAAUUUUUAGAAGGCCUUACGUAGAUGUUUAAUAUUCUAUGGAUUAAAAAAAAACUGACAGGGUUGUCAUGCCUUUAAAAAAUUCUUGAAUUUAGAAAAUUACAAAUAUGUUAUUAUAAAGCAAAAUAAAAUUAUUGAAAACGAAAUAAUUUUAAAUUAUAACAAAACAAUGCUUUACACCCAUGACGUAUGUUGACGUAGCAGUAUGUUUUGUCACCGUCAUGUUCUCAAAAUGUUAAACACACACAUGUGAUUUCUAUAACCUAUGUAAUGUACUUGUGUACUUGAGAAAGAUCAAAGAACAGGGUAUUCUUCAUUUGAAAUAUAAUUUAUAAAAUGAUUUAAAUACGAUAGUAAUAAU